AUGUUAGGACUGGAUAUCGGCACGAAAUACGUGAAAGCGGCUUAUUUCGACGCGGCGACGGAGCGAACCACUGUGAUAAGGAACGAAAAUGGUGCUUCUUAUCUUAUUUUUUUGAUAAAUAAAUGAUUAUUUUUUUGUUUAAAAAAAAGUUUUUUUCAAGUCCUUCUGGCUUAAAAAAAUGAUUGAAAAAUCAAGAAAAAAAUGAAAAAUUUUUCGGCUCGGCUAUGAAACCUCUGAAGCGUUUUCUGAUCCCAAAAAUUUUUUUUACUUCCCCCGGCCGCAUUUGGAAUGGCUCAAGGGUAGAUUCAAGUUGCAGCCGACCCUAAACGACUUGCGCGCUGGAGAUUAUAUCAAGCGAUAUUGUCAACCAAAACAGUUUUCGUAAAGCUUUUCUUGUUUCGUGAGCUCAAAAAUCUAAAAAGAAACAUUGAGCCAAAAAGUUAAUAUGUGAGCCAUUCCAAAUGCGGCCAAAAAUGGGUUAUUUUCCAGGAUCCGAUCUGUUCAGUACGACAGUCAUAUUCGGAAAAGAAGAAUAUCGACCAUUUUCCCGACGAUUUGGAGAAUCGCCAGAAGGAUCCGAUUCAACUAUAAUUCGUGGUAAGUUUCGCUAUUCUGUCACUUAAGGGGUUCCUCGAGGACUACUUGGAGAAGACACUAAAAGUGGUCACUAAACCCACCUCUAUGGUAGCCAUUAUUUUCCGUUUAAGUGGCCACUAUAGUGGUUUUAGUGGUCUAGGAGUAACACUAAGGCUUCUGAGGUCACUAAUUUAGAGCCACUUGAGAGGCCACUUAAACGUCAAAACCCUGAAGUGACUACUAAAAUUUUCCAGUUUUCUUUUUUCUGACUAUUACUAGGAAAAUUUUAGUGGCCACUAUAAAGGCUCACCAAGGACUUGGAGAGGACACUAAAGUGGCCACUAAACCGACCUCUAUAGUAGCCACUAUUUUCCGUUUCAGUGGCCACUAUAGAGGUUCUCUAUUUAGUGGCCGCUCUAGUAGUUUUUCUUCCAAUAACUCUGAUAAUUUUAAAACAAACAGAUUGGACCGGUUAUGUUGAUCCUUUGACCCCUUAAGAGGCCACUAAAACGAUUAGUGGUCUAGUAGUAGCACUUAGACCUUAUAUAGUGGUCACUAAUUUUUAACACCUUAAGUGGCCACUAAUUUAACUACUAUAGUGUCCACUAAAACGUCAAAACCCUAUAGAGGCCAAUAAGAAUUUCCCAGUUAAGUUAUUAAAGGCUAAUUUUUAGGGAUAAGGAAACUAGUUGGCCUCAAUUACGAAGAAGCAUCGAAAUACCGAGAAGAUUUAGAUAAUUUUGAGGUGGAUAAAAAUUAUUGGGGAAUCCAAAAUCACAUUCAAACUUUUAGAUCAUACAAACAGAAGGCCAAGUAGAAAUAGAGAUAUCGAUUGAGGAAAAAAGUGAAAAAUAUUCUCCAGAAGACGUCCUCGCAAUGGUACUUGGACACGUGCGGGAGAGGUCGGAAUACGUUCUUGGAUUUGAAAUAAAGGUUCGUUUUUUCGAGGCUCAUUUUGCGGGGAAUAGUUGCUCCGUUGAUAAAAUUCUCAAAUCAACAUCCGAGCUGUAUAAAGUUUCAACUUUGAAAGUCAAAAUGGCAUGCUGAAAAGCCCUUGAAGAUGACCUUUUAAAGUCCCAAUUUCAAAAAAUCCAGAAAGUUACACUUUGAUCAAGAUUUCCUGUUAAAACUUGUACAAGGAUUUCUUUUUUUCCCAUAAAAAACCAUCUUUUUCAAAAGUUGAUCUUAGUAUUUUUUCCAGGACGCAGUGAUAGCCGUACCAUUAACCUUCUCUUCGACACAAAGAACUGCAAUCAGAAAAUCAGCAAGAUUGGCAGGAUUCCAAGGCGAGCUGGUGUUGAUCAACGAGCCGACGGCGGCAGCUUACGCUCAUGCUUCCCAUCUACAAAGUUUCACUCAAGAAAGGUUUUAAAAAUUUUCUUCGAGGAAAAAAAUUGAAGAAAGUAUUUUUUAGUAUUUUUCCGCUUUUCAAGACUUUGAAGUUACUUAGAAGCUACCAAUUCUGCUAUUUUUUUAAUUUUAAUAAUUUAAAGUCUCAAUACUUCAACUAAACUGAUUUGUCUUUUUUUUAAGGCCUGUCUGGGAAAAUUUAGUGGCCACUAGCCAAGGACUACUUGAGGAGGACACUAAAGUGGCCACUAAACCCACUUCUAUAGGGGCCACUAAUUUUUAA